GGGCGAGCAGGCGAGGCGGCGCGCGGCUGCGGCGGAAGAUGGCUGCUGCUGAGGCGGCGGACACUCAGCUGAUGCUCGGAGUCGGGCUGAUCGUGACCAUCUUUCCACCGUAGAAAAGGACACAAAUGGAGAAGUUCUCUGGGUGUGGUGUUACCCUUCCACGACAGCCACGUUAAGAAAUCUGCUGCUGAGAAAAUGCUGCCUUAUGGAUGAAAACAAACUUCUCCAUCCCUUUGUCUUUGGUCAGUACAGAAGAACAUGGUUUUAUAUUACAACAGUUGAAGUUCCAGAUUCUUCAGUUUUGAAAAAGGUGACUCAUUUUUCUAUUGUUCUGACCGCCAAAGAUUUUAACCCAGAGAAAUAUGCCGCCUUCACUAGGAUAUUGUGUAGAAUGUACCUGAAACACGGGAGCCCAGUUAAAAUGAUGGAGAGUUAUAUUGCAGUUCUCACAAAGGGGAUAUGCCAGAGUGAAGAAAAUGGCUCUUUCCUUAGCAAGGACUUUGAUGCCCGAAAGGCAUACCUUGCUGGCUCCAUCAAAGACAUUGUAUCUCAGUUUGGAAUGGAAACUGUUAUCUUACACACAGCACUGAUGCUGAAGAAAAGAAUUGUUGUCUAUCACCCCAAAAUAGAAGCUGUCCAGGAGUUUACCAGGACUCUGCCUGCCCUGGUGUGGCAUCGACAGGACUGGACCAUUCUUCAUUCUUACGUGCACCUCAACGCAGAUGAGUUGGAAGCCCUGCAGAUGUGCACAGGUUACGUUGCUGGGUUUGUAGACCUGGAGGUGAGCAAUAGACCAGACCUCUAUGAUGUGUUUGUGAAUCUGGCAGAUAGUGAGAUUACCAUUGCUCCACUUGCAAAAGAGGCCAUGACAAUGGGCAAACUGCACAAAGAAAUUGGUCAGCUAAUUGUUCAGUCUGCAGAAGAUCCAGAGAAAUCAGACAGCCAGGUUAUACAGGACAUUGCCCUAAAAACCAGAGAAAUCUUCACCAACCUAGCACCAUUUUCAGAAGUUUCAGAUGAUGGAGAAAAGCGAGUCCUCAAUUUGGAGGCGCUAAAGCAGAAACGAUUUCCACCAGCAACGGAAAACUUCCUUUACCAUCUAGCAGCAGCUGAACAGAUGCUGAAAAUCUGACUCUGACAGAUGUCUCACUGAUGACUGAUAGAAAACUUUCACUCUGAUUAUGCAUUAACUAUGUAAAAUACUGAAAAUAACAGAGAAAAUGUUAUAUUUUUAAUGAUUUAUUUGAAAGUAUUGAGAUUUGACCUUAAAAACACUGAAGCACAUGAAAACACUUCUGAUUUUUCUCCUAGCUGAUUAGUCUCCUGCCCACUGUCAGUGUUGGACAAAGUGCUGUAACUACUAUAUAUAACAUUAUAAAAUGGCCCGAUGUCCUGGAGUAAGAGAAAAAAAGCUGUCAAGUUCCUGUGCAAAUCACAAGGAAUGCAAAAGCCUUCAUUAUUUUAAGUUCCAGCCUGUCUCAUAGUGUAGCCAUAAACUAACGGUUUACUUUCAGAAAGCUGCCUGAAAUUUUGCUUUCUAUUCUUCCAGGAAGAACUUUAAUUCCAACUGAGGAACUCUACUUUCUGAGCCAAACUACUAAAGUUUUCUGCAGAACUGUCUAGAAGAUCAUUCAAAAGACCCUGCAGUUGCACUUUCAUGUAAAAGAAGCAACUUUUUUCCUGGCCUUUGAACAUUUUGCCUAUAUUGUGCAUAUUUUAUACUUGAGUAGACAACUUUAAUAAUCCAUAUUUAUACUGUUGCAGAAGCAUUUGGCAAACUUAAGCCAUUAGUACUCUUUAGUUAAUCCAGUUGCUAACAAUAUUCUUUUGAAAAAAAUGCCAGUCCUUAUAAGGUAAAAUAAGCAGCCCAUUUUGAAUAGAAACGUCUGUAGGACUAAAGCAGUGACUUUAUGUAGUUGGUAAGGGAGCGUGAGAAUUAACUUCUUACAGGGGCCAAAACCAGUGAAUGUCUUCAAACAACUUCGGUGAAAGUAUCAUGGCCACAAAUCAAGGUAACUGUUCUUUUUCAGUUAUGUACCUUUUUCAUAAUUGGAGACCUUAAAAUUGCCAAAUAGGCAUGGAGGUCUAAAUUAUGUACUCAUUAUUUUAUUAUGUGUAUUCAUGUUAAUUAUGAAAGAUGAUUUUUCACUCA